AAGUGUGGCAAAUAUUCCCGUUUAUGGCGGGGUACCAGUAUGACGCUGUUUAGCCCAGCUCCGAAUGCUUUGCCAAUUCGUUGAAGAAUUAUUCCGCCCGCCACUUCUCUAUCUCUCUCCCUCUCUCUCGAUCUCCAUCUCGAUUAAGAUUUUGUAAGGACAACAAAGCAAGGGAGAGAGCGAGAGAGACAGAGGAAGAGCGGGGGAGGAAGGGAGGUGGGGGGAGAGAGUGAGAGAGGGGAUUGGAAGAGUAGAGAAGAAGGGGAUGGACGACGCCAAGGAUUCCACCUCGGACGCCACCUCGUUCUCCUUCUAUUCCGCCUUCCACAACUAUCCUCUCAUUUCGGCUCUCGUCGCCUUCGCUGUUGCCCAGUCCGCCAAGCUCCUUACCACCUGGUACAAGGAAAAGCGAUGGGAUGCCAAGCAACUCAUUGGAUCUGGUGGGAUGCCAUCUUCCCAUUCAGCCACAGUCACUGCACUUGCUGCAGCUAUUGGUUUCCAAGAAGGCUUUGCUGGUUCUACAUUUGCAACUGCAUUGAUAUUAGCAUGCAUUGUGAUGUACGAUGCAUUUGGUGUUAGAUUACAUGCUGGGAGGCAGGCAGAGGUGCUGAAUCAAAUUGUAUAUGAACUUCCAGCUGAACAUCCUCUUGCUGACACAAGGCCAUUGCGGGAACUUUUAGGCCAUACCCCUCCUCAGUAUCAGACACCAAAGUGCCAAGGAGCAUUCUAUAGUCUCCAUAGUCUUAUCAAGUUGAAACCAGAAUCCUUCGUCAUCAGUCAUUACGAACAUAUUGUCAGGUUUUUGCUGGUGCGGUGUUGGGGGUUUUUAUUGCUAUAAUAGGGCACUUGAUCAACAAAGCUGGGAGUCAAGUUUCACACGGGAGAACAACCCUUGGCCACUAACUUCGGUCAUUGAUCACUUAUGGUGAAGGAAAUAUAUUCCAGACAAGAAAUUAGAGCUGGUUACUGAAAUUUUUCCAUGGAACUCAUAACAAACUGCUUGAUGCCAGGCAUAACUCCCCAUGAUUGAGAUUGCUUACGCUCAGAAUGUGCAUAUUAAUGCUUCAAUUCUUUUUGUGAGUACGUACGUCUUCACUGACUAAUGUUGCUGUCUCAUGUGAAAGGAUCAUUUAUCAUUUGAAUACCCCUAGCAUUCAUAUCUUACAUUGUUAUUCAAUGCAGAGCUUGUUCUUUAGAGGCCAUUUAUGUUCUCAUUUGGCAGUCCUGAAAUCUGAAAGAUGCAUUGUGGUUAAGCAAAGUCAUCAGGGUUUUGUUUGCCUCUUCUUUCUGCUUAAAAUUGACAAUCUGAAUAAUCUUGGGAUCUGGAUAAUGCUAAAGUACCAUUUCUUCUUGUUCA